GAGAAAUUCACCCAUGUGGAAAAGGUGGAGAGAAAGGGAAAGAGUGACGAGGGCAAGACUAUGUGUGUGAAAGGAGAAAGGAGGAGGGAGAAUAAGAGGGCUGGGGAGGCCCGGAGGAGGCGUGCUCAGAUUGAGAGGGAAAAGCUUGUACUUUUCAUACACACACACUAGUCUCCGGAGGUUCUCUUUGUGUUGCCUCCUUUGUGGAGUUUAAGCAGUCUGAAUUCCAGUGAAGCUACUAUACGAGGACUUCAGAUUUCCAUCACCAAGUUGGCACUUUUAUUGUUUGAACAUGGGUGGAGCGAAAAAUUUUCAGCUUUUUCUUGGUUUGAUGUGCACUGUGAAGAUAUGCAUGGCUGCAUGUGACAGUGGCAAGGAAAUGAACUUGACAGAAGGCAUAUGCACUGAUGUAAAUGAGUGUGGAGAAAAUCCAGGACCGUGUGGUAAUCAUACGGAGUGCUUCAACACAAAUGGCAGCUACUACUGUCGGUGCGAGCAUGGCUUCAUCAACAUUUAUGGAAAAGAUAACUUCACCGGGGUUGACGGGCAGUGUAAAGACAAAAACGAGUGUGGCAUCGACAAAGACAUCUGUGGUGACAGGGCUGUUUGUAUUAACAUGCAAGGGAGCUACAGAUGUGACUGCAAAUCUGGGUACACCAAAACCAGCACAAAUGGAGGUUGCUCAGACAUUAACGAAUGCGACGAAGCUAAGAUUCGAAAAGAAGACAUCUGUGGACCAAAAGGGAGUUGUAAAAAUACCAAUGGAAGUUAUUCGUGCAUAUGUGAAAAAGGAUACACCAACUACGGCAAUGAAAAGACCCUUUGUUCUGAACUGAAUUGCGAAACCUUUGAUGCAAGAAGUGGAAAUUCCGAGUAUAACAGUGGCUUGGCAGAUCUGUUGUCUAUAAUGAGAAACAGCUGCAUGGCUCUGGCUAAUCCAGAUCACGGCAAUGAAAGCAAAGCGGAUGGAGAUGCGCUACUGGAGAGGUUUUUAACAGCAUCCGAGCCGGUCUUAUCAUGGGCCGACAAGGACAUACGUGAAGACGUGUAUGAGCUGCUGAGCACUAUGGAAAAUUCCAUCAAGCUUAUUGGCCCACAGCUACGAGGCAAUAACACCAUAAUGGGCUCCAAUCAGACAACUGUAAAGAUUGCAGUACGGAGGCAAAGGUCUCCGCCCACUGGACCCCUGCAUUUGGGGACUGAAAAUUCAACACUUGAUACCGACUGGUCAACGGCAGCUGGAACUGCUGGAGCAUAUCCUGGCUUUGCUAUGGCUGCCUUGUUGAACUAUCAUAACCUGGAGAGAUCUGUUAACCGCUCCUUUGAGGAGCUCCAAGGAUUUGAAAAAGAUGGCGCUGAACCAGCUUUCAAAAUCUUCUCCCGGGUUGUGUCUGUUGUGGUUUCAAACCCAUCCACUCAGAAUCUGAGCCACCAGGUCAUCCUCACGCUCAGACAUCUCGAGGACAAAUCGGAGGCAAGAUUCAUCUGUGCAUACUGGAACGAAAGGGGUGCCUGGGCCACAGAUGGUUGCCAUCAACAGAAAUCCAAUGCCACACACACAGUGUGUCGAUGUGAACAUCUCAGCAGUUUUGCUGUGUUGAUGGCUCACUAUGCUGUAGAUCAAUCCUUUGCGAUCCAGCUGAUAACAAAGAUAGGACUGAUCCUUUCCCUGUUGUGUCUGAGUGUUUGCAUCCUGACAUUCAAGUUCUGCCGCUCCAUACAAGGGACACGGACAACCAUUCACCUGCACCUCUGCAUAUGCCUAUUCAUUGCUGACCUCAUUUUCCUGGCCGGCAUUUCCCAAACAAAACCAGAGGGCGGCUGCAGGUUUAUUGCUGCUAUGCUCCACCUUUUCUUCAUGGGGGUGUUUGCAUGGAUGCUGCUUGAGGGGGUGCAGCUGUAUCGUAUGGUGGUCCUUGUGUUUAAUGCCACCAUUCGACCUCUCUACUUAUUCCUUUUUGGCUACGGGACACCCUUGGUUGUUGUCAUUCUAACGGCCAUCAUCAGACCCAAAGGAUAUGGCACUAAGGAGCACUGUUGGCUAUCCCUCAAAGAUGGCCUCAUCUGGAGUUUCUACGGCCCUGUGUGCGUCAUCAUCUUCCUCAAUGUCUUCUUCUUCAUCGUCACUGUCUGGAAACUGGCCCAGAAGUUCAGCAGUCUCAACCCGGACCUAUCCAAGCUCAACAAAUUAAAAGCUUUCACAGUGACAGCCAUUGCCCAAAUGUGUAUUCUGGGACUUAUGUGGGUAUUUGGAGCCUUCUUGUUUCGCGAGGGCAACAUAGUGGUGGAAUACAUAUUCACCAUUUUGAACAGUCUGCAAGGAGCACUAGUCUUCAUCAUGCACUGCCUCUUAUCCAAACAGGUUAGAGAUGAGUACCACAACUUUUUCUCCUGCAUCUGCGCGCCAAAGAAAAGAUAUUCUGACUUUAGUAGUACAAAUCCGUCCAACAGUCACUCACAUGGUUCCCGGAGUGGGCAGAACACAGGAGAAUCCAACAUAUGAAUUGCUCUGUUUGUAGUCCUUUCAGGAAAAGGCACGUAGCUAAUCUUAGAAUUUCGAAUCAAAUUUGAGUUUUGCUGAAAGCAAUGAGCCAAGGCAUCUAGAUGAUGCCUUUAUGUUCUUAUGACAAAGCUAGUGUUUUAUGCAAAAAGCUGAAAAAAAAAAUCAUUCCUUCUAUUGAAAGAUAUUCAUUUUUUUCCCAACGUUUUACCAAGGCCACAAGAUAUUUGAUAUACAGUGAUCCCUCGUUUUUCUCGGUUAAUGGGGACCAAUACCCUCCGCGAUAAGUGAAAAACUGUGAAGUAGCGCCCCCCCACAAAAAUAUUUUUUAACAGGUGAGCUGUCCCGAGCCUAAUUUUGAAUUUUUUUUUUUUUUUUUUAAUUAUUAUUUUUUUUAAUGAGUUCAAUGGAUUUAUUCAGAUUUAGCAUUGGAAAUAUUUAUAAAAGACAUAUUUCCCCCCCACAUUAUGUAUACUGUGUAUAUAUUUUAAUAAAUGGUUUUUAAGCACUUUGAAUGUAAUCAUUAUAAGUUUGAAACAUGUUACUGUGCCACAGAAUUAUUUUUUAAACAAGAACAAAGCAUUUAAUUGCUUGUCUUUAUUAAAUGCUUCAUUGAGUGAGUCCACUCAGAUCCGCUCAAGCUGAUCACUUACACACUACGAGGUGCCACAGCAACUGUUUAACAAGCUAAACGAUGAUUGACGCAUGUGGCACUUUGAUCUUGCCACAGACCCGAACUUCAAACAUUAAACAUUUGUCAUUCAUCAUUUACCAUAAUAAGCAACUCCAGUGCACUCAAUGCCUGACCAACAAAGAACAGGGAGAGGGAGAGAGGGAGGGAGAGGGAGACUAUGCGAUAGGCUCGGGAUAGCUCAUCUGUAUUUUUUUUUUAAAUGAAAAAAAAAAAAAAUCCUCAAUGGACUGAGGGCGCGAAGUUUGAAGCACGAAGUAGCGGUGGAUCACUGUAUUUCUUCUUGAACACAUCUUCAUAAUGAUAUAAGCUGUAUUUCCUUUGGAAUAUUUGGUGUUAUUUUAUUCUAAGAACAAACAAAAAUGAAAAUAUUUUAUGAAAAUUUUCCAAAUGAAAUGUUUAAAGUUUAACGGGCCAUUUAGAGAGAAUAGCUUGCACUGUAUUUCACAAUGAAAGAGAAAACAAGUGACUAAUAUUUUCCAUAAAUCUUAAAGUGCCUCUAGUCACAUGAGUACGAAGCACCGUGUGACAAAAUACUACAGAAUCAAACAAGAAUCUAGAGAUAAAAAUAUACAAAAUAAAAACACGCUCAACAUUUGCAUUCAGAGACUGGUGCAUGGGACAUUUUUCCAGAAGAAUUUCUCAAGAAAUACAGAACUCCGACCCACCUAUUUGAUGACUGUGCAGCUUCCUGUUAUUGAGAUUGUGUUAGUGGGAUUAAAUUCCACAUUGCCGUGUCAUUAUAGCUGCUCUCUUCUUUGCUUCACAGUUACUGUAAGGAGUCGAGUUAAGAAGUAGUACACCAAUAAUUUCAUUGCACUUUUUUUCAUUCAAUAUGCUUAAUAACUUGAAAACCUUUCCUUCUUAAAGAACGGUUGACUUGAUGUGAAGUUAUUGUAAUUUAUAUAGAAAUGAAUCCUAUUACGUCAGUCUGUUAGUCAGACAAGCUUCUCCUGUAAAUGGCAUGCAUCUUUGUUUACAUUGAAAUGUUGUCAUUUGAGCCCCUUACAGGGUGUGUUGACAGCUUAACUGUUUGUUAGUUGAUGCUUGGCAGCAAUUUUUGUGACCACUUUUUAUUCACGUACAGCUUUUGUGUUUGAAUGUAAGAUUUUAAUGAAUGACUUUGAGUGUAUGUAAACCUAUUUUUUUACUUUGUUGUUUUGGUACUGUUGUCUUAAAUAUAAUAUGCACAAAAAUAUUUUAUUAAAAUGUAUAUACCAUCGCAACUGGACUCUUCCACUUGUAUCU